AUGGGCGGCGGCGAUCUCAACAUGAAAAAGUCGUGGCAUCCUCUCCUGCAGGUCAACCAGGAGAGGGUGUGGAAGCGCGAAAAGGAGGCAAUCGAGGAGCGCAAGAAGCUCGAAGAACUCCGCCGCGAACGAGAGCAAGAGCGAGAGAUGCAAGAGCUUCAACGGCUGCAAGAGGAAGCCGGCGGCAAGAAGCGUGUGGACAAGGUCGAUUGGAUGUAUGCUACACCAGCCACCACAGGGUCCAACUCGGCAGCGGAGAUGGAGGAUUACCUGCUCGGAAAGAAGCGUGUCGACAAGCUGCUACAAGGAGAGGAGAACAAGGAAGUCUCAAAAAGCAGCCAGAAGAGCCUCAUCUCGCUUCAAAGCGCCAACUCCGCACGCGAUCUUGCUGCCAAGGUACGAGAGGAUCCAAUGCUGGCCAUCAAGCAACAGGAGCAAGAAGCAUACGAGGCAUUGCUGCGGGAUCCGGCGAGACUGCGGCAGCUCAAAAUGCAGGCCGGCAUCGACGUCAACUCGGAAAGCAAGGAAGAAAGACGCCGGAGGAAGGAGGAGAAGCGACGCAGGCACGAGGAAAGGGACAGGCGCAGCCGGCAUGACGACGAGGAUCGACGCCGCAGGCCCGGCUCGAGUCACAGCAGCUCCCAUCACGAAAGCCGUUCGCAUCGACAUCAGGAGGACAGGAACAGUAGAGAUCGUGCCUCGAAUCAUCGUGACGGAGAAAGCUCACGCCGACGCCAUCGAGACGAAGAGCCCCGUUUCUCAAGGCGCCAUGACACCGAUGAUCGCGAGCACCACCGCAGGUCUCGCUCGUAUCGCGAAGGGGCCUUCCGCGACGAGGACUCAUACCGUUCGAGGUCUUCCCGCAGCCGCAGUCCACCUUCACGCGCCGCACAGAAACAGGACGAGCAGCGCAAGGAAGAGAUGCGCCAGCAGAAGCUCAGGGAGAUGGAGCAAAACGCCAGGUCAAUGGAGGAACAGAGGAGCUCGUACGUGUCCAAGAUCAAUGCGGAGGAGGCGGAGCAGGAGAAGAGAGAAGCGGCGUUGAGGCAGAAGCUGCUCGACGCGCGCUCAAAAGGUCACAGCGACGGCAAAGGAGUGUUCCUCGCGGAUCAGCAGCAAGGUGUCGCCCACGGUAUGGUGGCCAAGGCGGAAGAGAUCGCCACGGUCCCCCUUGACUGCCCUUCCUUUGCCGACUGGCCUAUCAUCCACUACGCAUCAGCGCAUCUGCACAGCAAGCCUCUCGUCAAGGGACCGGUCAUCAACACCCACAGCCCCGUCGACAGCGACUGUCUGACCUGCGACCACCAGGUGCUGACGCGCAAGGGCCGGAAGAACGUUGCUGAAGUCCAGACCUCAGACUUCGUGAUGACCAUCAACCGGCAGACCCGUGCGCAAGUUUGGCAGCACCCCAUCUCGUGCCACACAAAGAAGCACGACGGACAGCUGUAUCGCACCCACAGCUUCGGUGUGGACGCGUUCUUCACUCCUGACCAUCUCUUGCUCGUCAUACUUUCUGCUGCUAAAGACGGUAUGGAGCUCCGUAGCGUCACUCAAGGAGGAACGACGACCGAAGCUACUGUGCACCCGUGA